UAGGAAUAAUGAAUGUCUUAACGCCUGGGCAGUCUUUGCUGCGGUGUGCAGCCAGGUGGCUAUAGUUUUUUUUAUUAAAUCAUUUCGUUUGAACGCUUCAAAACGAAAGGAAGAAUCUUAAUGUUAUUAUUUUACAUUUCCGUUUAAACAAGGCGCUUUGUAGCGCAGAUGACCCGGAAAUGUAACCGACAUGACACAUGAACUUGGUUUAUACGGUAAUGUUUAGUUCACGUUUUGCGCCGAAAUCUAUUGUUGCAACUAAUGAAUUAAAACUACAAGCAGCAUUUGGAAAUAAAAGGUUCAAAAUAAUCCCAUAUCACAAAUGACUUUAUGUCAAUUUGAGAGUGAAAAGACGAAAACAAUCGCUCGUGAAGAAGCUCACAGUCUCAUUGGGUGAUAAUCGCUCGGUCAGUAGUGCAGUAAAGCAGAAAUGGAGUCCCAGCAGGAAGUGAACCCUGUAUUCCUGCAGCAGCUCAGAGAGUUGGACAUACCUGAGGAGGCAGCCAAGCAGGCACUCUUGCACACACAGAAUGUGUCUGCGGAGGAAGCUGCAAUGUACUACUUCAACAAACUAGAGAACGAGGAUGAGGGUGAUGAGGACCUGAUGUACAAAAUGGUGUUUGUUGUAAAUAUGGAGCUGUCCAUGGGUGUGGGGAAGGUGGCGGCGCAGGUGGGUCAUGCUGCAGUGGGUUUGUAUCAGGCCUUGCAGGAGAAAAACAGUUGGAGGGAAAUGGCCUGGAGAUGGGACCAUGCUGGAGCUAAGAAGAUUGUGUUACAAGGCACUAACAUGGCACACCUUUUGGAGUUGCAGGCUCUUGCAAUGAGCCUCAGUCUUCCUACAAAGCUGGUACAGGAUGCUGGACACACACAGGUGGAGCCAGGUUCAUGCACUGUGCUUGCCAUCAUUGGAGAAGAGGAGAUGGUGAAUAAUGUCACAGGCAGUCUGAAACUGCUUUGAGGAAACUACUGUAAUGCUGAGGAAAACUCUUCAAGUGUAAGUUUGUUAUGUACCACAGAAAGAACAGGGGUCAGCGUUUCCCCACAGUAGCAUGGUUUUCCUCAAGAUAAUGCACUCAGUAAUUUUUUGUUUAUGUUGUGAUGACUUACACUGACACCUAACAAUGUGGAUGCAUCUUUACGCAAAAGCAAACAGUUUCUGUUACUGAUACCUAGGGAUGGGUUAUAUACCGUUAUAAUUGUCAACCAGUAUAACUAUUUACGUAUCAUUUCUAUUGUGGUUAUGCCAAUGUUUCCUGCAGUUCUGAAACUCCAGCACCACAAAAAGAACCCAUAUUUAACUCCAGUUGUGAAUGUGAGUUUGCGAUUUGAAUUGAAUGCGAUGUGAAAAGGCAGUGUAUCACUAACAGCAAGAGAAAGGGUCUUUCUUUUAAGCUGUCAUUGUGAGUGGCACACAUAAAAAAACAACGCAGAAUAUUCAGGUUUACAAACAACAUACAUUACAGCUUUCACUUAAUCCUUAUGAAAACUGGUCACACUGAGUAAAUUACUUCAGAAAUUAAACUAAAUUAUAAUGGGUAAUUUUAUGUAGUUGCUAAAAGGUUUUCAGUAUUGUCAUGGAAGGCUAUCUGACAUGUAAAAUGGAGAAGGUGUCAUCAUACUUAACUUGUAUUGUUUAUUUCAUUGCUUGCAGUAAAAACACAAUACAAAGAUGAUGUAACCAAUAAAACACUAUAUUUAAAGUUUCAUUGCAGUAUUAAUGAUAAAAAUCUAAAUUUUAUAGAUCAACCAUUACUUGGAAAUUGGAAAUUCACAAAUAUUCUUUUUUUUUUUUCAUAAAAACUAUAUAUUGUGAUGUAUGUUUGUCUAUAAUAUUGUUACAUUUUUGCUUGUAUCACACAUUCCUAUCAAUACUAUUGUAGAAAUGCACAGUAAGCCAUGAUUUAUUUAUUACUCAAAAUCAAAAUGGAGUAGGAGGUGAAUUAAUGAGAUAAAAUUAGUAUAAAUUGACUGCUAAUGCAACCCACGUGUGACUUUUAUUAAGCCACUGAAAUUACUCUUCAUCUCAUAUAGGUGUUAUUUUAACCACUUUUUUUUUUUUUUUUAUAUUACAAUUAAUUUAUUUUGUACAACUUUUUAAUGAAGGAAAAAUUACUGAGUGAAAUCUGUGGAAAAACACCUACAUACAGUAGUUUAACACAACAGAUGUGUUUAAAUAAUUGCAUUUUAAAGCUCUUAAGUUAUGUUAGAAGACAACUAAUAGAUAUUAUCAACCGGUCCCUAAAUUUCUAUAGAGCUAAAAAAAAAA